AUGCCGGAAAGAGCGGAUGCCAGCUCCGGAAUGGUGCUUCUCACGGGAAACUCGCACCCCGAAUUGGCCAAAAUGGUUUCGGAGAGACUCGAAAUUCGUCUCGGAGAGGCAACGGUUUACAACAAAACCAACAGAGGUAACUGCUAAAUUUCUGCUGUUUUUAGUGUAAUUCUUUACUUUUUCCAGAAACAUCCGUCGACAUCAAGCAAUCGGUUCGCGGAAAGCACGUCUUCAUCCUUCAGAGCGGUUCGAAGUGAGUCCAUCGAUCGAUAACUGAUCGCCGGCCUUAAUUUCCAACUUGGCGCACGCUGAUAACUGUCAUAAAUCAAAAUGCACUUUGCAGGAACGUGAACAACGACGUCAUGGAGCUUCUGGUGCUUAUUUACGCGUGCAAAACGUCCAUGUCGAAGACGAUCACUGUCAUCAUGCCAUAUCUCCCGUACAGUAAGCAGUGCAGAAUGCUCCGUCGCUCCUCCAUCGCCAUGAAACUCGUCGCCGAGAUGAUUUGCAAAGCUGGUCAGUUUUGGGCGCUGUGAAUGGAAGAUUAUCCCUGUGAUUAUCUUAAGUCCGUCUGAUCGCGUCGUUUUGUGGCUCUUGGCUGGGCAUGAAAGUCUUGCCUAAGCCAGUGAAACGGAAGCAAUAUAAUUUCCGCUCGCCGUGGCAUAAAUCAUGUCAAUGAAAUGAAAUGCAAGGCGUGCGCGUAUGAGUAACAUAGCAACAAAAAACGAGCACAAUACGUAAAAAGAAACGAAAUUCCAGGUGCCAGUCGCUUGGUGUCGUUGGAUUUGUACAAGAAGGAGAUACAGGGAUUCUUUUCUUGCCCCGUCGACAACCUCCGCGCAUCGCCGUUCUUCUUGCAACAUAUCAAAACCAACGUAGGAUGGACAACGUUAUUCGCUCAUUAACACAACGUUUCUUUCAGAUCCCUGACUACAAGAACGCAAUCAUCGUCGCCAAAUCGCCGGGAGUGAUGAACAAGGCCACGUCGUACGCGGACCGUCUUCGCCUUGGUAAGCACUUGGCCCUGCAUAGUUCCGCUUCCCGUAGUCAUUAAUCCCCCAUAUAGCUCAAUCAUCUUUUUGCAGGAUGUGAGUUAUAAUUUUAAGAAUGAGUGGUAAAUUAUCAUAUAGCUGAUAUGAUUGGCGAGUUGACAGACAUGAGGAGUUUUAAGUCGAAACGAUUUUUUGCUCUUGAUAUCUCAAUUUGUGGUGAAUGUUGUCUGUCAACGACGACUCACUUGCACUCUUUUCCGAAACUUAACUUCUAUCACCUAUCCGCUCCAUUUCAAUGGUUUUGCGUACUCCCCUUGUUUGUCUCGUUUGUCCAUCACAAGCAAAUUGAGUUGAGAAUGGAUAAAUAUUUUGGUUUCUUCAGGUGUGGCCGUCAUCCACGGAGAGGUGAAGGAUGAGGAAGAGUCGGGUCUCGAGGACGGACGCCAGUCGCCGCCGCCGAAUGUCACGUCGUACGACCUGUUCCCAUCUCAGGAGUCGAAGCAAAAGCCGCCACUCACGGUCGUCGGAGAUGUCGGAGGACGCAUUGCCAUCAUGGUCGACGAUAUCAUAGACGACGCGCAGUCGUUCGUGGCCGCCGCCGAGGUGCUCAAGGCUCGUGGAGCCUACAAGAUCUACGUGAUCGCCACGCACGGAGUGCUCUCGUCUGAUGCUCCGGCCCUGCUGGAAGCCUCUCCAAUCACUGAGGUGAGCCUUGCCCAGUGAAAUCAUUAAUUUACACAAUAUUUUCAGGUGAUCGUCACCAACACUGUGCCGCACGACCUGCAAAAGAUGCGCUGCCACAAGAUCAAGACGGUCGACAUCUCGCUGAUGCUCUGCGAGGCAAUCCGUCGUAUCUUCCACAACGAGUCGAUGGGACAGCUCUUCCGUGACGUCACCCUCGACGACUAA